AUGGACGAUGGCGGUCGCGACGACAACAACGGAUUCGCCAUACCGUUCCCACCAAAGCCACGUAAUGACGUUCCGUCGACGUCAGCGGCGGCGUCAGCAGGACCAUCAGCAGCAGCAGCACAACCACCAAUAAUAAUAGAAGCGUCUAGCAAGUAUUAUGUGCCAGGAAUUAGGGAAAAAUCGAAAUUUCGCGUUUUAUCACAGCAGGUUGAAAUCUCCAAUAUCUGCUUCGCCACCAAAAGCUUUCAUGUUCGUUCGGAACUCGUCAUUUUGCCAUGCGAAGCCUCUCUCCGACAACUAGAUUUUCACAUUGGAAAGAGCAUCUUACUUCCAAAUGAGCUGCCCGAAGGAUCCGGAAAAAAAAUCACAAUCAACGGAAUCGAUUGUGAAUAUGUGCGAAGACGGCAUUUGGAAAAUGUGGCACAAUUAGCUGAGCAAUCGAAAAAUAUCCCAAGUCUCGACCCUCGACUCAGCGAGAAUCUUUUUGAAAAUGACUAUGAGCUGCAGAUCGCGGUGCCGAGAGAUCUAAAAAAGAAGAUGAAACACAAGAAAGCCGUUCGGCUACACAUCGAUACAGUAGUUCAAGAGCCGACGCGUGGUAUUCAAUUCGUGGAUUUCACUGGUGGACGAGAGGAGGAUGUUCAUAUGUUCACCUAUCAUACCCCAUAUAUGUCAGGAACUAGAGAAUGGACAGUGUGUCUCGACGAACCGGAUCAAUUGGCACUGUGGGAGUUAACAUUUGAAGUGGAUCCAGACCUGGUUCCAGUUUGUUCGGGAGAACUAGCCGAGAAGAGAAUAUGGAAUGGAAAGAUACUGUACCGAUUCAGUCAAACCGUGCCGACGAAUGCUUGUAAUAUGGGAUGGGCGAUAGGAAAGUUCAAAUUGGAACCUCAUCCAGAGCAACCGACGAUUUAUACUUUUGCCUUGGCUGGCCUCGACCACUUUGUCAACUUCACCACGUUGUAUCUGGAUAAAAUGGUGGAGUUUCUCGAGGAAAAACUCUCGUGUCGAUUCCCAUUUCCCACCCUGAAAGUAGUGUUUGUCGAUCAGGGACCAGAGGAAAUCCAAUGCUAUUCUUCACUUCUAAUCGUCCCCACCACACUACUCUAUCACAAAAAGAUCAUUGAUGUCGUGCAGGAAGUCCGCCAGAAACUCAUCCACGCCAUUGCUCAGCAAUUCUUCGGAUGUUUGAUUUCACCGGGAAGCUGGUGGAAUUGGUGGAUUGUCAAUUCCAUCGCAAGAUUCUUGACUAGUAUCUACGUAGAGACCAAACUGGGUACAGCUGAGUCACGAUGGCAAAUGAAGAGGUAUAUGGACGAUGUGUGUGAUUUCGAGCAUCAAUGGGGAAAGAUAGUUUUGUCUCCGGAGAAAUUGAUUGGGAAGAAGAUGCCUCUCCACGUGGAUCCUCGACAUGAGUACACAGCAAGUCCGCUUUAUGUGGAAGCUAUGCUCAAAAAGGGGUUUCUGACGAUUCGGAUGAUACAGAAAAGAAUAGGAAUGGAGCCUUUCAUGAGAGUGCUCCAUAGAUUGCUGACUGUUGGAUUGGACAUGAGUGAAAAGAAGCUGUUGCCACCUGCAUGGAAGCAUCUCCUGAUCACCACUGACUCCUUCUUCCGUAACAUUCAUUCAGUGACUGGAAAAGAGAUUCCAUCGUUUUUGGAUCAAUGGGUACGGGUUGGAGGUCAUGCUUCGUUUGCGAUCAAGUUCGAUUUCAAUCGAAAACGAAACUUGGUAGAGAUGGAAAUCAAGCAGGAGGAUUCAGAAGGCAAUGGAAGAAUGCAGUACACUGGACCACUUUCUGUAGUCGUCCAGGAGGUUGAUGGCGCUUUUAGCCAUACGAUUCAAAUUGAUGGAGCCGUUUCGCAUGCGGAAAUCUCUUGUCACUCGAAAGGAAGAAAACAGAAAAAGAAGAAGGUUCCAAUUCUAACUGGAGAGGAAAUUGAAAUCGAUUUGACGAAUAUGGACGCGGAAUCGCCAAUUCUUUGGCUUCGAAUCGAUCAUGAUUAUUUGUUGAUUCGAGAGAUCACGAUUAGUCAACCGAUGUUUCAUUGGGAGUAUAUGUUGAAGUACGAACGAGAUGUGAUUGCUCAGAUGGAGGCGUUGGAGAGGAUUCAGGCACUGCCGUCGGCUCAUAGUAGAAGUGUUAUCGUGGAUGCGGUGUCCAAUGAGAGAUUCUUUUAUAGAAUCCGAUCACGAGCCGCAUUCGUCCUUACAUCAGUUCAAAAUCGAAAAUCCGAAGCGAUAGCUGUAGGAACUCCUGUCCUAAUUAAUAUGUUCCGCGAGAACUUUGGCUCCAAAGCAGUCACCAACAUCCCUCGCUCUAAUAAUUUCGUUGUGACGGCUGAAAAACUUCAACAAUAUUUCGUAAUGCAAUCGAUCCCCCAAGCAAUCUCUCGUCUUCGAAAACCAUCUGGAGAAUGUAAUGAAGACGUUCUUCCAUUCCUUCUUGACCUCAUCAAAUUCAACGAUAACUCAACGAAUCGAUAUUCUGACGAUUUCUAUCGAGCAUCACUUUUCAACUCACUGGCUGCCAGUAUCUAUCCAUCAGAAUACCUACCCUAUCGAGUGGAUCUUCCCGAGAAUCUGAGCAAUGAGUUCAGAGUGAUGAUUAAGGAGUUCACAUAUGCUCUCAACAUGGAUACAGUCAAUCCAUCUUACGGACGUGUCGUUGGAAUCGCCGCUUUAAGUGGAUUGUAUCAACUUCAGAAGUGUGGAUAUCUUCCCCUGGAUUCUGAACUACUGUGGACUUUUGCCAAUCGAAAUUUGUGUAUUCAAAUGAGAAGAUGUGCUAUCACACUGAUAGUUGAUCGUAUUUCCAACGACACUAAUGCCUUGGAUACGCGGAUGGAGGAUCUUUCGAGGCUGUUGGAUCUGGUGGAGACGGAAACGGAUCCAUCGAUUCGGGCGAUGAUUCCAAAAUUAUUGGCGGAGACACCGCCAUUUGGAACUUAUAAUAACACCCAAUUCGGUUCCGAGAACACCUGCAACACGGAAGAAACCGCCAACAAACUAUGGUCCCUCUGCACCAACACACGCAUCGACGCAAAUAUCAGAAGUGGAUUCCUUGACGUCUUCUUCUCUCUGUAUGCCCUUGGAACACCUCCAGUACUGGGAGGGCCAGAUGAAGCAAGUGGAAUCCAUCGAUCCUAUGUUACCGUACCCAACGCCGCCGCCGUCCUUUCCACGUCGCAAUGGCACAAUAGUGGAUAUGAAGCGGCGAGACGGUCACCGCCACGACGAGAUUUCGGCGAUGAGAUGAAUUUGAUGCAUUAA